GUAACUGCUGAUCCAACAAUUUAUCGCUCCAGGGCUUUUCCGUCUGCACAGAUCUCAUAUCAAAAUUAUAGAAGCCAUGAAAGCAUUUGGAAUUUUGAAUAUGCUGAAAAGAAGGAAACUGAUCGUAUCAUUGAGUAUCACGAAACUAUUACUGUCAAUUGCAUAUUUCACAUCUUCCUGGAAUAUCUUCAAUUAUCGCAAUAACCGAGUCGACGAAAUCGAAAAAUGCCUGAGUGUGUUCCAAAGCAACGGCAGCUUGAAAAGUGAUCUCAAGUGGGAAUUGUCACAUUGCAAACUCAAGAUUUUCCCGCAAAUAGACUCGGAAUCGUGUCUCAAGCGCAGAUUCGCAAACAAUUUCAACAACCGAUUCUUCUUUUUCGGAGACUCGACCAUUCGGAUAAAGGCCAUGGCCCUGGCAAAGUUCUUCAAUCUUACGUUGGAUUGCAAGGACAAUUGCGACGAUUUUAGAAUGGUGAUCAAGAUGCACUGGGAUGAUGCAGACUCAAACACGACCAUCGACUACCUUCUGAAUCCCUUCUUCAACCCCUACACAAAGCUUCCUGAAGGUACACCAAUCGUCUUGUUUGGAGGUGCAGCGUGGUUUUCCCGUCCACCAGAGCACUUGACAUUCCACGAAGAUCCGUACUUUGACCUGCUACAUCUUCCGAUACCAGUAAAACUUGAAAUACACAAAGACAGACUCGACCGACUGCUGAACCACCUCAUCACAUUCUGGAAAAUACAGACCAUCAUCUGGAUUCUUCCGGAAACGAUGCACGGCAAUUUGACACAGUAUAACGAGCAUAUUGACACUUACAUUCAGCAAAGUCUCGAUGUGAUUUCCAAGUACCGGGACAAUGUGAUCGUUUGGUCCAGUUGGAGGAUGUUCUUCGACCAGUUCGAAAAUACUGGACGUUUCGGGACUAUCAUGAGAGAUGAUCUGCACGUGAAGGACGAAUGCCAGCUCCACGGGAUGCAGCCAUUGCUGAAUUUCCUGUGCAAUCCAGUUGAUGAAACACUUGACUCGGAUUACUGCUGUCACAAAUCCGAUGUGUUCCUGAAAGAAAAAAAGAAACAUCUUUGACUCGAAUUUUCUGCUAGUACUUCAACAAGUAUCUGAACAAAAUAGCUCUCAUAUAUACAUUCAAACAUAACGAACAACAAUAGUAAGAACAAAUGAAAAAAAUUUUCAAAUUCUGACGUACUGAAGAUAUUGUCCUUGAAAAUGAAACAUCCUGGAAAACCCACCAUCAGGGGGGAGCGGAAAAAAUAGUGAUCCCAAUAAAAUGCAACAAAAUCUGGCUCUGUCAUCCCUUUCUUAAUAUAAUGGUGCUGCAGUAGGUUGGUUUUUUUUUUUUGAGUGGGCUAGUGAUAUACAUAGGCACUGUAAUUAGUUGUCAUUUUGGGGGCAACAAAUGGAAAUUAAUUAAC